AUAGGGUUUGGGCAAACUAUUUGUGAGAAAUUGUUUAGGUGGUAAUGAAAGUUAUGUUUUCUGUGCAAAAAAAAACAUGGUGUUAAGGAUGUCAUUCUUCUUAGUGCUAUAUAUUCUUGGAAUCGGAACAGACCUCGUUCAACCGCUGAUCUCCCUUGCUGAUACCUCAACAGAUGCUUGGUCUCGCCUUGCCAAAAAUCUCGCCAACAUGUCCCGUGGCCGCAUCAUUUCGCUCAAAUCACAGUUGGCGAAAGAUCCUCGCGGGAAUCCUUCAAUUGAAGCCUUUGUUGCAGAUAUAACGUUGAUCGCAUCAGACCUCGCCUUGGCCGGUAGACAAGUGACUAAUGAGGAUCUUUCGCUAAUCACACACAUCACAUGCGUAGUGGUGAUCAAGGAGGAUCUUUCGGCCGUGGUGGUCACUCUGGCAUCAAUCGUGGGGGAAUGCGUGGACGCGGUCCUAAGUCCUAACAACUCCAAUCGUGGUGGACGCUACUGUCAAUUCUGUGACUUGGCCAGUUACGACACCGUGUUUUGCCGGAAACUUCAAUGCUUCUUACGAGAAAACAAUGUUACCACUGCUCCUCCUUCUCGUCAAGAUGGUCCUACGGUAUCUGAUGGUAACAUUGGCCUCUCGGAUGCUCAAUGGAUCGUUGACAGUGGUGCCUCUCAUCAUGUGGCUACCGACCCUAAUGCGCUCAACUCACUAAUGAAAUACGGUGGACCGGAUGAAAAUCGUUUGGGUAACGUCACUGGUCUACCGGUCAAGGCGAGGUCUGACGCGAUCGACGCCAUAUCUGCAACAAAGGCUUCAGUUGAACGAUUCCCGCGAGGAUCUUUCACCAACUAUGAUUUAAGCGAAAUGAUACGACCACGAGACAUGUUGGCGAGAUUUUUGGCCAGGCGAGACCAAGCAUUCGCUGAGGUAUCAGCAAGGGAGAUCAGCGGUUGAACGAGAAUGAGUGACUUUCACGAAAAUCAAGGUUGGAUGUAUAA